UCCUGUUUGCUUCGCAGCGAAGCUACGUGAUGACCUUGCGGAGUGUGUUGCGCUCUGGUCGCGUCUGCGUCAGCGGCAGUCGCUGCAGCUGCGUGGCGCGUUGUCCAGGUAACCACGGGAGUUGUCGCUGACUGGUGGCAUCUGAGAGACGGGUGUUCGUCAUGCAGUUGAAGCACCUGAGAACCCUGCUGAGCCCUCAGGAUGGAGCUGCAAAGGUGACCUGCAUGGCUUGGUCCCAGAACAAUGCCAAAUUUGCUGUCUGCACAGUGGACCGAGUGGUGUUGCUAUACGAUGAGCAUGGGGAGCGGAGAGAUAAAUUCUCCACCAAACCAGCUGACAUGAAGUAUGGCAGGAAGAGCUAUAUGGUGAAAGGCAUGGCUUUUUCUCCUGAUUCCACUAAAAUUGCCAUAGGACAGACCGACAACAUCAUCUAUGUGUACAAGAUUGGAGAAGAUUGGGGUGACAAGAAAGUCAUCUGUAACAAAUUCAUCCAGACGAGUGCUGUCACGUGUCUGCAGUGGCCAGCAGAGUACAUCAUUGUCUUUGGACUGGCUGAAGGGAAGGUUCGUUUAGCAAACACUAAAACUAAUAAAUCAUCUACCAUCUAUGGGACAGACUCUUAUGUGGUAUCACUGACGACAAAUUGCUCUGGAAAAGGAAUUCUCUCUGGUCAUGCAGAUGGUACCAUUGUUAGGUAUUUCUUUGAUGAUGAAGGCUCUGGAGAGUCACAGGGGAAGUUGGUUAACCACCCAUGCCCACCCUAUGCCUUGGCUUGGGCAACCAACAGCAUUGUGGCUGCAGGCUGUGAUCGGAGAAUUGUGGCCUAUGGAAAGGAAGGCCAUGUGCUACAAACUUUUGAUUACAGCCGUAACCCUCAGGAGCGGGAGUUCACCACAGCUGCCGCAAGUCCUGGGGGCCAGUCUGUUGUGUUGGGAAGUUAUGACAGACUUAGGGUGCUCAACUGGAGCCCUCGAAGAAGCAUCUGGGAAGAGGCAAAGCCCAAGGAGAUUGCCAACUUAUACACCGUCACUGCCUUGGCCUGGAAACGGGACGGCUCACGACUCUGUGCGGGCACACUCUGUGGUGGAGUGGAACAGUUUGACUGCUGCCUCCGGAGGAGCAUUUACAAGAAUAAGUUUGAGUUGACAUAUGUGGGACCUAGCCAGGUGAUUGUGAAGAACCUGUCAUCGGGGACCCGAGUGGUACUCAAGUCACACUAUGGCUAUGAAGUGGAAGAGGUGAAAAUCCUGGGAAAGGAACGUUACCUGGUGGCCCACACAUCAGACACGCUGCUGCUGGGGGACCUGAACACUAAUCGCCUUAGUGAGGUAGCUUGGCAGGGAUCUGGUGGCAAUGAGAAGUAUUUCUUUGAAAAUGAAAAUGUGUGCAUGAUCUUCAAUGCUGGAGAGCUAACCCUGGUGGAAUAUGGGAGUAAUGAUACCCUGGGUUCUGUACGUACUGAAUUCAUGAACCCCCACCUCAUCAGUGUCCGUAUUAAUGAGAGGCGUCAACGAGGAAUGGAAGACAAUAAGAAAUUGGCUUAUCUUGUUGAUAUUAAGACUAUUGCUAUAGUGGAUCUGAUUGGUGGCUACAACAUUGGCACCAUCAGCCACGAGAGCCGUGUGGAUUGGCUGGAACUUAAUGAAACUGGGCAUAAGCUUCUAUUCAGGGACCGGAAACUUCGUUUACAUCUAUACGAUAUUGAAAGCUGCGCUAAGACAAUGAUCCUCAACUUCUGCUCCUACGUGCAGUGGGUUCCAGGAAGUGAUGUGCUGGUAGCUCAGAACCGAAACAGCUUGUGUGUGUGGUACAACAUUGAGGCACCUGAGAGGGUCACCACGUCCUCUAUUAGGGGCGAUGUGGUAGGUCUGGAGCGGGGCGGGGGGAAGACCGAGGUGAUGGUGACCGAAGGUGUGACUACGGUUGCCUACACGCUGGACGAGGGCCUGAUCGAGUUUGGAACAGCCAUUGAUGACGGCAACUACAGCCGGGCCACAGCCUUCUUGGAGACUCUGGAAAUGACCCCAGAAACAGAGGCAAUGUGGAAAACCUUGAGCAGACUGGCGCUCGAGGCACGGCAGCUGCACAUCGCCGAGAGGUGCUUUUCUGCUUUGGGCCAUGUAGCAAAAGCUCGAUUCCUGCAUGAAACCAAUGAGAUUGCAGAUCAAGUGUCUCGGGAAUAUGGUGGAGAAGGAACAGACUUUUACCAGGUCCGAGCACGCCUAGCCAUGCUGGAGAAGAACUACAAGCUGGCUGAAAUGAUCUUCUUGGAACAGAAUGCCGUUGAGGAGGCCAUGGACAUGUACCAAGAGCUGCACCGUUGGGAUGAGUGUAUCGCAGUGGCUCAGGCCAAGGGGCACCCGGCCCUGGAGAAGCUGCGCCGGGGUUACUACCAGUGGCUGAUGGACACACAGCAAGAGGAGCGAGCCGGUGAACUACAGGAGAGCCAGGGGGAUGGCCUAGCAGCCAUCAGCCUCUACCUCAAAGCUGGGCUCCCUGCCAAAGCUGCUCGACUGGUGCUGGCCCGGGAAGAACUGCUGGCUGACACCGAGCUGGUAGAACACAUCACUGCAGCCCUUAUCAAGGGGGAGCUGUAUGAAAGGGCAGGUGAUCUCUUUGAGAAGAUUCGAAACCCACAGCGGGCCCUGGAGUGCUACUGUAAAGGCAGCGCGUUCAUGAAAGCGGUGGAGCUGGCUCGACUGGCAUUCCCAGUGGAAGUGGUGAGACUGGAAGAGGCGUGGGGGGAUCAUCUGGUGCAGCAGAAGCAGCUCGAUGCAGCCAUUAAUCACUACAUUGAAGCCAGGUGCUCCAUUAAGGCGGUGGACGCUGCCCUGGGCGCCCGUCAGUGGAAGAAAGCCAUUUAUAUAUUAGAUCUCCAGGACCAGAGCACUGCAUCCAAAUACUACCCCCGCGUGGCCCAGCACUAUGCAGCUCUGCAGGAGUAUGAGAUUGCUGAGGAGCUCUACAUUAAGGGAGACCGCACAAAAGAUGCAAUAGACAUGUAUACUCAGGCUGGCCGCUGGGAGCAAGCCCACAAGCUGGCCACGAAGUGCAUGAGGCCAGAAGACGUGUCGGUGCUGUACGUCACCCAGGCUCAGGAGCUGGAGAAGCAGGGCAAGUACCGUGAGGCGGAAAGGCUCUAUGUGACAGUGGAAGAGCCUGAUCUUGCCAUCACCAUGUUCAAAAAGCACAAGCUGUAUGAUGAUAUGAUCCGCCUGGUAGGGAAGCACCACCCAGAUCUCCUCAGUGACACACAUCUGCACCUGGGCAAGGAGCUGGAGGCUGAAGGCCGACUGCAGGAGGCUGAGUAUCACUACCUCGAGGCUCAGGAGUGGAAGGCGACGGUGAACAUGUACCGGUCCAAUGGGCUUUGGGAGGAGGCCUACCGGGUGGCCAAGGCUCACGGGGGAACUACUGCCCACAAACACGUGGCCUAUCUGUGGGCAAAGAGCCUGGGAGGAGAGUCUGCAGUUAGACUGCUUAAUAAGCUGGGACUCCUGGAAGCUGCCAUUGACCACGCCGCUGACAACUGCUCAUUUGAAUUUGCUUUUGAACUCUCUCGGCUGGCCCUCAAGCACAAAACCCCUGAGAUACAUCUCCGAUACGCUAUGUACCUGGAGGAUGAGGGUAAAUUUGAAGGGGCUGAAGCUGAAUUCAUCAGGGCUGGUAAACCCAAGGAAGCAGUCCUCAUGUUUGUCCAUAACCAGGACUGGGAGGCAGCUCAGCGUGUGGCCGAGGCCCACGAUCCUGACAGCGUCGCCGAGGUGCUUAUGGGGCAGGCCCGGGAGGCCUUGGAGGAGAAGGACUUUCAGAAAGCAGAAGGACUGCUACUUCGGGCCCAGAGACCGGGCCUGGCCCUCAGUUAUUAUAAGGAGGCUGGACUGUGGAGUGAUGCCCUGCGGAUCUGCAAGGACUACAUGCCGGGCCAGCUGGAGGCUCUGCAGGAAGAGUAUGAGCGGGAAGCCACCAAGAAGGGGGCCAGGUAUGAAGCCAGGAGGCAGCAAGUGUCGGCAGGGCUGGAGGGUGGCUCACAAGGUAUACACAGGGUAGGCCGCGCUGCCCAUCCUGUUGCUGGUCACGUGUACUCCCAUCUCCUCAGGGGCAUGGAGGGGCUAGUGGACCAAGCUCGACAGUGGGAGCAGGCUGGAGAGUACAGCCGUGCAGUCGACUGCUACCUCAAGGUGCGGGACUCAGGCGGCAGCAGCAGCCUGGUGGAAAAGUGCUGGAUGAAGGCAGCUGAACUCGCCAUCAAGUUUCUGCCUCCCCAACGCAGUCUGGAAGUAGUUCGGGCUGUGGGACCCCAGCUGAUUGGAAUUGGAAAGCACAGUGCAGCUGCAGAGCUCUACCUGAACCUGGACCUAGUCAAGGAAGCGAUCAAUGCUUUCAUUGAGGGUGAGGAGUGGAACAAGGCUAAGCGCGUGGCCAAGGAGUUAGAUCCCCGGUAUGAAGACUACGUGGACCAGCAUUAUAAAGAGUUCCUCAAGAACCAGGGCAAAGUGGACUCGCUGGUGGGUGUGGAUGUGGUGGCUGCUUUGGACCUGUAUGUGGAGCAGGGCCAGUGGGACAAGUGCAUUGAAACGGCUACCAAGCAGAACUACAAGAUUCUGCACAAGUAUGUGGCUUUGUAUGCGACUCACCUGAUCCGAGAGGGUGGCUACGGGCAGGCACUAGCCCUGUAUGUGCAGCACGGAGCUCCUGCUAACCCACAGAACUUCAACAUCUACAAAAGGAUCUUCACGGACAUGGUGAGCUCACCUGGGACCAACAGUGCUGAGGCCUAUCACAACUGGGCUGAUCUUCGGGACGUGCUCUUUAACUUGUGUGAAAACCUGGUGAAGUCUAGUGAGGCAAACUCUCCAGCCCAUGAGGAGUUUGAGACGAUGCUGCUGAUUGCUCAUUACUAUGCCACUCGCUCAGCUGCCCAGAGUGUCAAACAGCUGGAAACUGUGGCUGCCCGGCUUUCUGUUUCGCUCUUACGCCACACUCAGCUCCUACCUGCAGACAAGGCCUUCUAUGAAGCAGGCAUUGCUGCCAAGGCAGUUGGCUGGGAGAACAUGGCAUUCAUCUUCCUCAACCGCUUUUUGGAUCUGACUGAUGCAAUCGAAGAAGGGACUCUGGAUGCCCUUGACCACUCUGACUUUCAGGAUACAGACAUUCCCUUUGAGGUGCCACUCCCAGCCAAGCAGCACGUACCGGAGGCUCAGAGGGAAGAGGUUCGAGACUGGGUACUCACAGUCUCAAUGGACCAGCGGCUGGAGCAGGUUUUGCCUCGGGAUGAGCGCGGUGCCUACGAAGCUUCCCUGGUGGCAGCGAGCACUGGAGUUCGGGCACUACCCUGCCUCAUUACAGGAUACCCCAUUCUGAGGAACAAAAUUGAAUUUAAGCGGCCAGGGAAGGCAGCUAACAAGGACAACUGGAAUAAGUUCCUUAUGGCUAUCAAGACUUCCCAUAGUCCAGUGUGCCAGGAUGUGCUGAAAUUCAUUAGUCAGUGGUGUGGAGGGCUACCCAGCACCAGCUUUUCCUUUCAGUAACUGGCAGGGCUCGGGGAAGAACUACUGGAUUCUCUCCCUCAUUAAAGUCUUGUAGGUA